AUGUCCGAAUACACCUCCACCCGCGCCGGGUUCCAGCGCGCCAUGGAAUGGAGCCUCACAGGCCCGCCCAACGAGGCGAAGCUGUUCGUAGAGGCCAUCUCCACGCCCGGCUUCUACCAGAUAUUGAACGGCCAACUGCUUUCCUACGAUGCCUACAUCAAGCACAUCGAGGAGAUGCGCACCAAGGUUGGCGACUACAAGCCUGUUCUUCACGAGUUCCUCCGCGAUGGCGACCAGCUGGCGGCGCGCAUGACGGGCAUCAUCAGCAUCGACGGGGUCGCCGUCGAGUUCGAGAGCUUCAUAUUCGCCAAAGUGGACAAGAGCGGCAGGUUGGAGUGGUUGAAGGAGCGGGCCGUCAGCGGCCCCGUGGGCGGGGCGCCGUGA